AUGAGCGGGAGAAUCCUCUCGCAUCGUCUGAUUCCGCUCUUGCGGACGGGCCGCCUAGCCCGCCAUGUCCAUAAUGCAGGCGCAAGAACAGGAGGGCUUCUGCGCUCGGAGGGAGGGGCUGCGCUUCGACGCCGUGCCUGGCCUGCCGGAGCGUAUGCCAUCCACAAUGUCCCAGCUGUGCGGACCAUAUCAUUUGCACGGAUGCUUCCGAAGCUGGCAAUGAAGCUAGUCAGAGUACCAGCUAUGUUUGGAGGAGCUAUGAUUGCUGGCUUUGCCUAUAUUCAGUACCAAGCUGCACAAGCAGGGAAUUACGCAAUUGACAUCUUUAAACGAACGGGAGAGACUGUCGGCGGUGCUGCUUCAAGCUUCUUCCAAGAAUUGCAGAACGUUGCCGACCAAACACAGCGAGGAUGGCAAAAAUCCACCGAAGAUAUCGAAGUACCCGAAUGGUUGCAAAAGAUUUUUCGCCUAAAUGAAGACCCUCAGGGUGGCAAUGAUGGAUCGUCUGGAGGAGGAGAAUCCCCGAAACAGAGUCGAAGCGGCGUGGCGGCCGCUGGCGCAGCUACUGGCGCAGCUUUUGGUUACAACCAGUCUGACGAGGAAGACUUUCGACGUGCAAGAGAGAUAGCAGAGGACGACCAGAUGAUGCUCCUUACGCGGAAGAUGAUCGAGAUCAGAAACAUCCUUCAGACCGUCGGCCAAUCCGGCACCCUGACCUUGCCAUCAAUAGUGGUCAUCGGGUCGCAGUCAUCUGGCAAGAGCUCCGUCUUGGAGGCGAUUGUUGGACACGAGUUCCUUCCUAAAGGUUCCAAUAUGGUCACUCGGCGCCCAAUCGAACUCACUCUGGUCAACACGCCGAACUCACAGUCGGAGUACGGGGAAUUUCCAGCUCUCGGCUUGGGAAAAAUCACGGAUUUCUCACAGAUUCAGCGGACUUUGACCGAUCUGAAUCUCGCGGUGCCGGAGAGGGACUGCGUCUCGGACGACCCUAUUCAGCUCACCAUCCAUUCACCUAAUGUCCCCGACCUCUCCUUGAUUGAUCUACCGGGUUACAUCCAGGUUGCCGGCAAGGAUCAGCCACUGGAGCUGAAGCAGAAAAUAUCCGACCUCUGUGACAAAUAUAUUCAACCUCCUAACGUCAUUCUUGCAAUCUCCGCGGCAGAUGUCGACCUAGCUAAUUCUACUGCCUUGAGAGCAAGCCGUCGGGUGGACCCCAGAGGCGAAAGGACAAUUGGAGUCAUCACGAAGAUGGACCUCGUCGAUCCGGAGAGGGGCCAGAGUAUUCUCUCGGAUCAAAAGUACCCUCUCCGUUUGGGCUACGUUGGCGUCGUGUCUCGAAUUCCUCAGACAACCGCUCUUUUCUCUAGAGGUAGCGGAAACAUUACUAGUGCCAUUCUCAAGAAUGAGAAUGCUUACUUUUCUGCUCAUCCAUCUGAAUUCGGCCCUCAGUCUGGUGUUUCGGUGGGCGUCACCACAUUGCGGAGCAAGCUCAUGCACGUUCUGGAACAGACCAUGGCAUCAGGCCUAGCAGGUACUAGGGAUGCCAUCAGCCAAGAACUAGAGGAAGCAACAUACGAGUUCAAAGUGCAGUAUAAUGAUCGGCCACUCAGUGCCGAGUCAUAUCUUGCUGAGAGCCUGGACAGCUUCAAGCAUUCCUUCAAGGCGUUUGCUGAAAACUUUGGUCGACCUCAAGUUCGCGAGAUGCUGAAGAACGAACUGGACCAACGUGUUAUGGACAUUCUGGCACAGAGAUAUUGGAACAAACCAAUCGAGUACCUGGCUGCAUCGAUGCCGGAAUUAGACCCUCUCAGCGACCUUCCAAAGGCGGAUCCAGACUCACAAUAUUGGCGGCGUAAGCUCGAUGCGUCGACCUCGUCCCUGACGAAAUUGGGAAUAGGCAGGCUCGCCACUACAGUGGUUGCCAGCGCCAUCCAAAACCAUGUUGAUAGAUUAUUGGCCAACUCCACCUUCGCGAACCAUCCAUAUGCGCAGAGGCAGAUCGUGGAAGCGUGUACCAGCAUUCUAAAUGAUCGGUUCUUCAGCACCAGCGAUCAGGUUGAGAACUGUAUCAAGCCUUACAAGUUCGAGAUUGAAGUGGAAGACCCCGAGUGGGCAAAGGGGAGGGAGAACAUCAGUCGAGUGCUAAAGGAAGAGCUUAAAGCCUGCGAAUCUGCUUAUCGGCAUGUUGAAGACGCUGUUGGAAAGAGGAAGUUCAAAGACGUGAUGUCGUUUGUCGACAGAGUCCGCAAGGGCGAGGCUGUCCUAGAAGGCGAUGGCGGUGGCGGCGCUGGUGGGUUUAGUUCCGCCUUGCUGGAUAAAGGCCGGGAAGGUGUCUUCUUACGUGACCGCGCCGAUCUGAUCAAAAUGCGUCUUCUCGCGAUCCGUUCCAAACAAUGCGCCUCGAAGAAGAACAAGUACUACUGCCCAGAAGUCUUCCUUGACGUUGUUGCCGACAAGCUCACAUCCACUGCCGUCCUUUUCCUUAACGUUGAGCUCCUCUCCGAAUUCUACUACAACUUUCCCCGCGAACUGGACAUGAGACUCGGCCGGCACCUCUCCGACGCCGAGGUGGAGCGCUUCGCCCGCGAAGACCCGCGCAUCCGGAAACAUCUCGACGUCAUCCGCAAGAAGGAGCUCCUCGAAUUGGCCCUGCAGAAGAUCGAAAGCAUCCGGCAGCUGGAUGGUCGGACUAAGCAACGAAACGGGGACCGUCCGUUGGUUAACAAGGAGCAAAGGAGCCGUGGGUGGAACAUAUUCUAA